AUGACUUCUUUCCAUUUUCAGUUCGUUUUGAAAAUAUUCCUUCUACUCUCUCUUUUUCAAAUCUCUUUUGCUGCUAGGAAACUUAAUGAGCUAGUGCAAGAUCAACCACAACUCUUGCAAUACCACAAUGGCGCUCUUCUUUAUGGUAAAAUCUCAGUUAAUCUUAUUUGGUAUGGCAAGUUCAAGCCAUCCCAACGAGCUAUUAUCUCUGAUUUUGUCUCUUCACUGUCUGCUUCACCAUCAUCGCUCAAAAACAGCCAACCGUCGGUAGCCAAGUGGUGGGAAACCACAGAAAAAUACUACCACCUCGUUUCAAAGAAGACCACCCUUUCCUUAACUUUAGGCAAACAAAUUCUUGAUGAGAAAUACUCACUUGGAAAAUCACUCACAAACAAACAAAUUGCAGAGUUGGCCUCAAAGGGUGACCAAAAAGAUGCUAUUAACGUUGUACUCACAUCUUCUGAUGUUACUGUUGAAGGGUUUUGCUUAAACAAAUGUGGCUCCCAUGGGUCUGCUGUGGGAUCUAAAAGUGGAAACCUUAAGGGCAAGAACAACAAAUUUGCUUACAUUUGGGUCGGUAACUCAGAGACUCAAUGUCCUGGUUACUGUGCGUGGCCAUUCCACCAGCCAAUCUAUGGACCACAAAGCCCACCAUUGGUUGCUCCCAACAAUGAUGUGGGUCUAGACGGUAUGGUGAUCAAUUUGGCUAGCCUUUUGGCUGGGACUGCCACAAAUCCAUUUGGAAAUGGUUACUUCCAGGGUCCGAAAGAGGCACCACUAGAGGCUGCAUCAGCUUGCCCUGGUGUUUAUGGCAAAGGGGCUUAUCCUGGUUAUGCUGGUAACUUGUUGGUGGAUUCUACUACUGGUGCUAGCUAUAAUGCACAUGGGAAUAAUGCAAGGAAAUUCCUGCUUCCUGCUUUGUAUGAUCCAUCUACAUCAUCCUGUUCAACGUUGGUCUGA